AUGGCAGACAACCGAGUCAAAUACACAACCCCGCCUUCGCCGCCUUCGCCGACGGCCUCGUACUACGAUGUCAGCGACGACGAAGAGGACGACUAUAACACCAUCUCCCACUCGACUUCCCGUCGCGGCGUCAAACUGCUAUUUUCCAAGAGCAAAGUCUAUGUCCACCCCACCCCCUCCUCCAAAGACAAUAUCCCCGGCUUUAUCGCCCUGGUCCAACAAAAGCCCCUCCCUCAUGUCUCCGGAACCUCUACCGCCAGUUCCACGAAAGAUAUUUCUUCCUACCUCCUCGCCUGGGUACCGGAAUCCUCCCUCGGCGACGCUUACAGCACCUAUGUGAAGGUCGACUUAUCCGACGACGCUUCGCCUCCGCGCCAGAAAUACCUCGUGCCGGCCCUUCCCACCACAACUACCUACAAAGACCCAAUCGGUCUCUAUGCCUUCGCCGUACCGUUGUCCGAGAUAUACUCGCUUCUUGUGCGACCGCCGAGUCUGGGAUGGUGGUUCGGGAGUCUCGUGAUUAACUCCCGCGCCGGCGACAGCUUCCCCGCACUAUUCUUCCACGACACUGAGUGCGAAUCAACCAUACUACAGAAGAAGAAAAGAACCAGAGAGAGCUUCGAUCCAUUUGGGGAGGAUGGGAGUGUGUUCUGGGGUGGGGAUGAGGUGCUACGGUGGCUCCGGAAGUACGUCGAGGUGCAGCGUUCCGCUCUGGACAGUAGCGUCUAUCUGAUAAACCCGUCUGAGGAGGAUCGCGUCUCUUUCGGACAACAGCCAACAUCAGACGCAGCGAGGGGCUCCCAAGAUCAGGCCCUCGCUCCCGCGCAACCCGGAGGAAGCAGGCAACCAGAUGCUGGCAUGGACCCGUUUGUGAAAACGCUCAAGGAGGCACGCUGGAAGGUGCUUGAAUCCCUUAGCAAGAUCACAACCUUCACCAGGCGAACUGCGAACGAAUUGGCAGACAAUCCCAGAAUACCUCCCCAGGUUCGUCGGUUGAUGAGGACGCCCGAGAUUCAGACUUUGCAGGAUGAGUUCGACAGUGCACGGCUCUACCUCGCCCGGUGGGCCAUGAGCAUCUCUGAGCAGAGUGAGCGCGAAAGGAAUCAACGUAUCUGGACUGCGCGGGAUGUGCUUGGUAUGGAGAACAGCUCCGUGGGCGACUUUGAGAUUUUAGAGCUGGAGACAGGAACCAUGUCUAUCCAAGAGCGCCGGAAGACAGUGACACUGAAAGAGUGGGAGGGCUUCUUCGACCCGCACACCGGCCGUUUGCAGGUGACUGUUGAAGAGGUGAAAGAGAGAGUCUUCCACGGAGGACUGGACCCCAACGAUGGGGUUCGGAAAGAGGCCUGGCUCUUCCUCCUCGGAGUGUAUCCCUGGGAUAGUAGUCGCGACGAGCGUCAAGCCUUGAUCAGUUCCAAGCGCGAUGAGUACAUCCGUUUGAAGGGGGCUUGGUGGGAGAAGAUGGUUGAAGGCAGUUCUACAGCAGAAGAGUAUGACUGGUGGAAGGAGCAGAGAAACAGAAUAGAGAAAGAUGUUCAUCGCACAGAUCGCACGAUACCCCUGUUUGCGGGCGAAGACAUCCCCCAUCCAGACCCCGAUUCGCCUUUCGCUGAGACCGGAACGAACGUGCAUCUAGAACAAAUGAAGGACAUGCUCCUGACAUAUAACGAGUACAGCCCUGAUCUUGGAUAUGUCCAAGGUAUGAGCGAUCUGUUAGCUCCAAUAUAUGCUGUCAUGCAGGAUGACGCCGUUGCAUUCUGGGCUUUUGCCGGGUUCAUGGACAGGAUGGUAUUGUCCUCUCUCUUGUACUCGCGACCAUAUAUUAACUCGCCUAACCAGGAACAAAACUUCCUUCGUGAUCAAUCCGGCAUGCGGGCGCAGCUGACUACGUUAGAUCAUCUUGUCCAGCUAAUGGAUCCUCAGCUCUACCUACAUCUCCAGUCUGCCGAUAGUACCAACUUUUUCUUCUUCUUCCGCAUGCUUCUGGUCUGGUACAAGCGUGAAUUUGAAUGGGUGGACGUCCUCCGGCUGUGGGAAACUUUGUGGACAGACUACCUGUCCAGCAGCUUCCACUUAUUUAUUGCGUUGGCAAUUCUUGAAAAACAUCGGGAUGUCAUCAUGGACCAUCUGAAGCAGUUCGAUGAGGUGUUGAAGUACAUCAACGAGCUCUCCAACACCAUGGAGCUCAUUCCCAUCCUAACCCGCGCCGAAUCUCUGUUCCACCGGUUCGAACGUGCCGUUCAAGCCAUCGACAAGAAAAACAACUUCCCAUCCCCAUCUCCAACCACCUAUCAACGCAAACCCAACGCCAGUACCGCUGAGAACAACAAUAAAGGCAAAUCCCCCGAACGCCCUUCACAGUCCACCGGUUUCAGCACCGGCAGCAGCGCCACCCCCGGACCCAGCAAUGGACCAGGCGACAAAGACGCGAAGGUUAUAUCCCCAGAACUGAGACAACUCUUCGCCAAGGACAUCCCAUGGGCUCGAAAGCCGCAACAGAAACUGAAACCCGCCCCACAACAACAGGAGGCAGCGGUGGAGGCCUCGGAGCAGCAUUCGUAG